UCUUAAUUAAGAAAAUCUGUCUAUAUAAUAUACGUAUGGUAUACGACAUACACACAUAUUCACCUCGUGAAGCCAAACAUUUGUCGAUCUGUCACUACCCGCGAUCUUCCGAAACUUGGCGAAGAUGAAGCUUUCCCUGAUUUUCGUAAUUCUCGGCGUUUUUCUCUUGUGUUGUGAAGCUCACCGAUACCGUUAUCGCGGCUGGGGCUAUCAUGGACGUCGUGGUAGAUGGUGCCAGAAAAGGAUUCGCUGUUUGAAGGUGGAGAUCGCUAGGAAGCAAAACGAGUUGGAUCAAUGUCUGUCACCCCCAACUACCACAACAACUACAACUACCCCAACAACUACAACACCUUUACCAGAUUGUCCCGAUCUAUUUCGCCAUGAAUGCCGAUCACGUGACACCUGCGACGAAACAAACAGUGACGAGAUUCUGGACCAGUAUGGCUGCCCUAACCAGGGUGAUGUGUGUUGUAAGGUUGAUUGAUCGGCGCCCUGAUAAUCGAUCGGCGCCGUGAUAAUCGAUCGCCCAAACUUAAAGAUGUCAACUCGUUAAAUAAAUAAAGUGUCCUGAUGAUCGAUCGCCCAAACUUAAAGAUGUCAACUCGUUAAAUAAAUAAAGUGUCCUGAUGAUCGAUCGCCCAAACUUAAAGAUGUCAACUCGUUAAAUAAAUAAAGUGUCCUGAUGAUCGAUCGCCCAAACUUAAAGAUGUCAACUCGUUAAAUAAAUAAAGUGUCCUGAUGAUCGAUCGCCCAAACUUAAAGAUGUCAA